AUGGACGCCCAAACGCUGAAAUCGCGCGGAAAUGAACUUUACCAGCGCGGCAAGUUCGGUGCCGCCAUCGAGGCGUACACGGAAGCCAUCACGUGCGACCCGCGGUGGACGGUGCUGUACAUCAAUCGCGCGCUGUGCCAUCGGAAGAAGAAGGAUUGGGCGAGCGUGAAAAGGGACUGCGAGACGGCGCUACACUUCGAACGGAACAGCGUGAAGGCGCUGUAUAUGCUUGGCUUAGCGUUGAUCGCGGAAAAAAAGUUCACGGACGCGGCUAAGUCGCUACAACGCGCGCUGGAGGAGGCGCGAGAGAGCGGGGACAUGAUUCAAGACGACGUGUGGCGAGAACUCGCGAGGGCGAAAUAUUUAGAGUGGGAGCUGUUAGCGAGCGAUCGAGAUCGAAGAUACUCGCACUUAGAAAAUAGUGUGCGAAAUUUCAGCUCGCAGCUCGAUGCAGAGGACGUGAGUACGAUGGGGGAAGUGAUUGCUUGCGCCCGCGCGCCGGAUGACCGCUCGUGCGAACCGCCGGACGCGUUCUGUUGCAAAUUAACCUUUGAGGUAUUUCGCGAUCCGGUCAUCGCGCCGAGUGGUCAUAGCUACGAACGAUUGGCGAUUUUACAGCAUUUGAAAAUCUCUCAGUUCGACCCAAUCACGAGAGAGCCGUUGCGGCCUGAGCAGCUAAUCUCAAACGUCAAUUUGAGAAACGCGAGCCACGCUUGGCUGUCCACGCACGCUUGGGCAUUCGGAGACAUCGUCCGACCGAAUGCACCUUUAGAAUAG